CCUCUCUUGGAAAAUUAGGCCAGUUCAGAGUGGUCAAGUCAUCUAGCAAGUCCAUUCAGAGCGAAGUCAUCAUGAAAGUCUUACUCAUUGUGAGCAGCCUGCUCAUCGUGUCCUUGGCCUCAGCGAGCAAAUUGGAGCCCAAGGCUUCAUGCACCAAAUGCGAAAGCAUGAAACUAGACUCCGAAGGUGGACUAGCCAAUGAAUACCCAAGAUACAUGGGCACCUGGCAACGCGCCGGAAUCUUCAACGGGUUGAGCUUUUACGAGUGCUACGAUUGCAUGGGCCUUCGAGACAAGUUGAUCUUUGAUGCAGACCGUUGGUCAGUGGUGGAUUGCGUUCCUGGAGAUGUGGCUUGUGGAGGAUCUCAUCAUGUGAUCCGAAGUGCCACGGGGGCCGAUGGUCUGUGUCCUUACGACGAUAUCGGACCUUGGGAGUACUGCAGUGGCGACAUCAUUGUGGGUGGAGGAUGUACGGCAUACUCGACCGAUGAGGUCGCCCGAUUCACAUGCGUUUGAUUUGGAGUGGAAAGCCAAUAGCCGAAUGAGGCGAGAACUGCUUUGGAGACACGAUUUAUUUAGAAAAUAAAGCAAUCUAGGAGACAAUUCGUCUUCGAGAUGAACUAUAA